AUGCCGUGCUUUAAAGGUAUUGCUGUCAGUGUCCAUGCCGAAGGAGCACCACUUCCUGAAUAUGGCAUAAAUCGUCAAUCAAGAUUCAGUCGUAUUAAUACAUUCAUCCCCGUCCCUCAACCCAAACUCCCCCGCGAUUCGACGGCCAAUAAGCAUGAACCCGCCAAAUUUGCUAUCUCCAUUACGCUGUUAACUUCAGGUCUUCCGAUACCCUAUAGCACACCGAAAGCUACUUCCUCGAACCCUUAUCCUCAGCCUCAAGUUGUUGCCGGCGUGCCCGGCCUUGGAGAGAAGAUCAGUUUCAAUGGUCAGGUCGGUCCCUACAUACCGAUCACCAAAUCGGAAAAUGAAACAAUUGCUGCAUAUAUCUACUUUGAUGGCAGAGCAAAGGAAGAGGUGGCCACACUUUUACGACCGAGCGAAGAGACAUGGGUAAAUUCUCGAUGGGUGCAGGUUCCAGAUUCUGAAGGCGGAGGACUGGCUGAGCGAGAAUUCUUGUUCCGUGAAGUUGGCUUAGAGCGAUGGUUGAACGGACUUGAUCUUGAUGGACAAGAUGCAGCUGCAAGAAUCGAAAAGCGUCGACAAAAGUUCGAGAAGCGUCGUAGGCGCAGAAAGGAGGAAAAUGGCAGUGAUGAUGAACUCGCAGAUAUGAUGACACCAAGAAAGAGAUCGACUGCACGAGAGAUCCUACGAUAUGGGGCAGAUGAGCAAUCCCCAGUUGAGAAAGUUUCAGAUGACGAAAGUUUUAGCUCUGACUCGGACGACGACGACGCCCUACCAGAAGCUGCAGGACAGAUUAAGGUCGCCAUGUUUCGAGUACUUGCAUCUGGAGAAAUCAAACGCGGCGAAUAUUCUCCACAAUUCGAUGCUCACGAUGAUGAUGAAGAAGGAGAGAAGGGCAAUGGAGAAGCAGGAGAGGGAGGAGAUGUUGAUCACACCACAAGUUUUGCAAAGCCCAAGUCUUUGGAUCCAAAAUCCAUUAGCACACAAACCGUCACUGGCAUAGAUGGGCCUGACAAGCCUUUUGCGGUCUUUACAUUCUUUUAUCGAGGUCAACGCCAACUGCAAAAAAUGGGCAUCCUACCGAAUUCAAAGCAGGAAAAGACAAACAGCAGUGCUACGAAACGACGAUCAAGACAGUUGGACUUUGGUAAUCUGGCACCAUUGAAACCUACCGGAACUGUUGGAUUUUCUGCCUUUAGAGAUAACGACACGUCCGCGAAGCGAAACAAAACCAGGAAGACGAGCAACGGUAGUGUUGGUAUGAUUGAAGACAGUGAAGAUGAAGAUGAGGAUGAUAAUAGGAGAGUAAAGUUGGAAGAAAUGGAUGAAAUAGAUGACUCACAGAAGACAUUGAGUACGGAAGAUGCAAAAUUUCAAGGAGAAUUAGCAGAUGGACUCGGACGAAUCAAGUUAAAACGCCAACAUUCUGCCGGGAAUUUGAAUACCAAUUCGGGCAGAUCUCCCAACUCGGCCAGCAAUACAUCUGGCAAUGCCACUCCUGCUACCGACGGAGAUAAAAAUGGUCUAACUUUACCAAACAAUGUAUUCGGCAAGAAUUUUACAGAAAACAACUUCAUAGGCAGUCCUAUGAAGAAACACAGAGCCAGCCUUCACGGUGAUGACUCUCUCGAAAAACGACUAGCAGUAUUCUCAAGUGGUCUUGAUGUUGUAACAGCAGCUGAAGCGGCACAAACACCCCUUCCCGAACCAGCAAUGAAGGAUGUCGAUGAAGAGGAAUUAUGA